UUUCGUCAGUGGUAGUACCUUGGGCACCCCAACGAGUGCGGUAAAUGGAAUCUCCGAAAUUUUACGUCAUUGAGCCUCGGCCUCGUCUAGGUUCAGAAACACGCUAAUAUACGGUUCUAACGUUAUUUAUUUAUUUUUUUUAACCGAAAAUGGGAGAUCCUGUGGCUGAAUACUCGUCCCGACUUCAACAGCAGGAGCAGGAGAUCCAUUCCCUGACUGCUGAGAUCGAGAGCCUGAAGAACCCACAGAGCCUGGGCUUGUCCUCACACCUGGAUGGGCUGAGAGAGGAGAACGCCAAGCUCAAAUACCGCCUCAACAUCCUCAAAAGGAGUCUGCAGGAAGAGAGGAGCCAGUGCAGUAAGACCAUGAUGAACAUCAACCAGCGUCUUCAGGAGAUCUUUGGUGAGGCCAUCCGGGAGGCCUGGCCUGACCUGGAGAACCCUCCCCUGGCCGUCACCCCCAACCAGCAGGCCAAAUUUGGGGACUACCAGUGUAACAGCGCUAUGGCCAUGGCCCAGAUGAUGAAAUCAAAGGGCCUGAAAGUGAACCCCAGGGAGAUCGCUGAGAAGAUUCAGCAGAACAUUCCAGACAAUGAGCUCAUUGAGAAGACUGAAAUUGCUGGACCAGGGUUCAUCAAUGUUCACCUUAAGAGAUCGUUUGUGUCCAAACUGCUGACCAACCUGCUACUCAACGGUGUCCAACCUCCCCCCUUAGAGAGCAAGAAGAAGGUGGUUGUGGAUUUCUCAUCUCCAAACAUUGCCAAGGAGAUGCACGUCGGUCACCUGCGCUCCACCAUCAUCGGGGACAGCAUGUGUCGCCUGUUUGAGUUCCUAGGCUAUGACGUGUUGAGGCUGAAUCAUGUGGGGGACUGGGGCACCCAGUUUGGCAUGCUCAUCGCUCACCUGCAGGACAAGUUCCCAAACUACCUGACCGUGUCCCCUCCCAUUGGAGAUCUGCAGGCCUUCUACAAAGAGUCCAAGAAGCGUUUUGACGAGGAGGAAGACUUUAAGAAGAGGGCCUACCAGUGUGUGGUCAAGCUGCAGAGCAAAGACCCAGCCUUCAUCAAAGGAUGGAACCUCAUCUGUGACGUUUCCAGGAAUGAAUUCCAGAAGGUCUACAACUGUCUGGACAUCCAGAUCAUCGAGAGAGGAGAGUCCUUCUAUCAGGAGAAAAUGAUCGCCGUGGUCAAAGAGUUUGAGGCCAAAGGCCUGGUGGAGAUGGACGAGGGACGUAAGAUAGUGUUUGCCCCGGGCCAACAGAUCCCCCUGACGGUGGUGAAGUCUGAUGGGGGCUACACAUACGACACUUCAGACCUGGCCGCCCUGCGCCAGCGGCUCUUUGACGAGAAGGCAGACAUCAUCAUCUACGUGACGGACAGCGGCCAGGGCACCCACUUCCAGGUGGUGUUUGCAGCGGCUCAGAUGAUUGGCUGGUACGACCCCAAGGUGACACGAGUGGAGCAUGCUGGCUUUGGAGUGGUGCUGGGAGAGGAUAAGAAGAAGUUUAAGACUCGUUCUGGGGACACGGUGAGGCUGAUGGACCUGCUGGACGAAGGCCUGAAGAGGUCCAUGGACAAACUCAAGGAGAAAGACAGAGACAAGGUGCUGAGCACAGAGGAGCUGACCAAGGCCCAGCACUCGGUGGCGUUCGGCUGCAUCAAGUACGCCGACCUGUCCCACAACCGCAUCAACGACUACGUGUUCUCCUUCGACAAGAUGCUGGAUGACCGGGGCAACACGGCCGCCUACCUGCUCUACGCCUUCACCCGCAUCAGGUCCAUAGCCCGGCUGGCUAACAUCGACGAGGUUGCGCUCCGUAAAGCAGCAGAGACCACGGAUGUGCUCCUGCAGCACGACAAGGAGUGGAAGCUGGGCAAGUGUCUCAUUCGCUUCCCUGAGAUCCUGCAGAAGAUCCUGGAUGACCUCCUGCUCCACACGCUGUGUGACUACCUGUACGAGCUGGCCACCACCUUCACAGAAUUCUACGACAGCUGCUACUGCAUCGAGAAGGACCGCCAGACCGGUGAGGUGGUGAAAGUGAAUAUGUGGAGAAUGCUCCUGUGUGACGCCACUGCCGCCAUCAUGGCUAAAGGCUUCGACAUCCUGGGCAUCAACCCGGUCUCCAGGAUGUGACUUCAGUGACAUCACCAUGCCGUCCUCCCAUUAAUGUCACCUAGGAUUUUACUGUAUACCAAAUAAAAAAUACUGCUUGUAAAAAGUUUUUAAAAAA